ACAUUUGCUUCCAAAACCAAAAGAUUUAUUGUUGGAGAGCUAAAACCCUCGCAAUUUUCUCUUCAAAAUCAGUUACUUUACAGACCCAUCACCACUGAAAUCUCAGAAAAUCCAAACAAUUUCACAGUCGCUUACCUCAUAAACUCAUGUGGCUUGUCGCCGGAAGGUGCGAUUUCAGCAGCCAAGUGGGUCGAGUUGCAGUCCCCAGAGAGAGCAGACUCUGUUUUGGCCCUUUUGAGAAACCAUGGACUCUCUGGAAUCCAGAUCUCCAAGCUGGUGAGGUCGCGUCCACAACUUCUUUUAGCCAAUCCUGAGAAAACCCUUUUGCCCAAGCUUGCGUUUUUCAGCUCCCUUGGAAUUUCAAGGCAGGACCUUGCAAAAACUCUGGCUUUUAAUCCGAAGCUUUUGUCACGAAGCUUGAAGAAACAGAUCAUACCCACGUACAAUUUCCUUAGGAGUCUGGUUUCUGAGAAAAAGCUUGUUGCUAUUUUCAAGCACAACUCGUGUAUUUUCGUGGAAAGCAACUGCAAUGUGUUGGCAAAUAUUGGACUUCUGAGAGAAUUGGGUAUGCCCCAAUCAUGCAUUUCUAUGUUGCUAGCUCACUACACUACCUCUUUGAUGAUAAAUCCUGAAAAUUUUGGUCAACUUGUGGGUGAGGUUAAGGAAAUGGGAUUUAAUCUGGAAAAGUCGACUUCAGUGAAUGCAAUGCGUGCAUUGUGUGGUAAAAAUAAGCUGAUAUGGAAUCGAAGUCGAGAAGUUUUGAGGAGGUGGGGUUGGUCUGAGGAUGAUGUUCUCUCUGCUUUCAGGAAGAACCCGCAGUUUAUGAUUGUGUCAGAGAAGAAACUACUGCAGGCAAUGGACCUUUUAGUGAAUAAGAUGGGAUGGCCAUCAGAAAUGAUUGCCAAAUAUCCAGUGGUCCUGAGCCUCAGUUUGGAGAGGAGACUUAUUCCAAGGUGUUCGGUUGUUAAAGUUCUAUUGUCGAAAGGAUUGGUAAAUGAAAACUUGAAUUUAGGUUCUGUGUUGCUUCCUGCAGAGAAGGAGUUCUUGGGGAGGUUUGUAACCGGAUAUCUCGAAGAAGUACCGCAAUUGUGGGAUGUGUAUCAAGGGAAAGUGGAUAUCCAGGAUGUAUGAUAUUGAUACCUUGAAAUGGCUGAGCUUGUAUAUAGACUUAACCCCCUGAAUAUCCAGGUUUGUAACCAUCACUCACAUGUAUUAGCUUGCUUUUGGCACAAUAUUAGAAGGUCGUCUUGUACCCUAGAAAUUUUCCCAACGUGUUAUUUAAUUCUGCUGGAAGUAAAUUCA